AUGGCCGGCUUAGGGUUCAUCACAGUUGACAUGGCCAAGGCUAAAGCAACUGACACCGCGAACAGAAUCAACGAGCUGCUUAAGCAGAGCCCCAGUGACCAAACUUUAAAAUCUUGUGCUACCUUUUACCAUACAAUUCUGGUGGCUGAUAUCCCAGAAGCUAGUCAAGGUUUUAAGUUGGGUAACCCUAAGUUUGCAGAGCAAGGCAUGAACGAUGCUGCCGGUGCAGCUGAAGCAUGUGAAAAGGAAUUUUCUGGCAAAUCCCCACUUACCGAUAAGAACAAAGUUUUCCAUGACCUUAGUAGCAUAACUGCAACAAUUGCCAGGCUAGUGGAGAUUUCCAGUGGAGCUAUUUGCAAUUUGAGCAGGCUUAAGGAAUGUUGGAUGCAAUCGGUUACAAGUGGAAUCUGA